AUGAAUUUAUUUCCUUCAAAUUCAACCACUGAUAUUGAUUUACAAUCAAUUAGGCAACAAAUUGAUGAGAGUAAGUAUAACAUGGUGAACAUGUUGACACAACAUAUGUCAACUAUGAUUAAUUCUCUCAUUCAAAAUACUCAACACUUGGCUCAACAACUAGGUCGAAUUGCUGAUGUUUUUGGAGCACCACCUUUGGACCAAACGUUCCAACAAGUUCCCGAUUAUGGUCAAAAUGUUCCUCAAAAUUUGGUUCAGAAUGAAGUUCAGAAUUGUGGUCAAAAUGGACAAGAAAACAUAGUCCAAAAUCAGCCACAAAAUUUUGACCAUAAUUUAGACAAUGUUAUGUUGGUCAAUCGAAACCAAAAUGAUAUUUGGGGGCCACAAAAUGUGGCUAAUGCUGUCGAACAAGUUCUAAAUCAUCAUGGUUUCAAUGUUGGAGAUGCCAAUCGCCCAAGUUUCACGUCUCCGUUUUCUGAAGUAGUUAUUCAAGCAGAACUCCCAAAGGGAUGGAAGGUUCCAAAAGUUACUAAAUUUUCAGGAGACACAGGUGAGUCAACUGUUGAACAUAUUGCAAGGUACCGACUUGAAAUUGGUGAUCUUGCUAACAAUGAACAGUUGAAAAUGAAAUAUUUUCCAAGUUCCUUGACGAAAAAUGCUUUCACAUGGUUUACUACUCUACCUCCUAAUUCGAUCCAUAAUUGGAAUGAAUUGGAGAUGGCUUUUCAUGAGUAA